AUGAAUUCUCGACCAACUUGGUGGGAGGAGCUGAGGGUUGACAUACCCUUUGCUGACCAGCCGGCUGUCUAUAUUCUCACUCUGGCCGUGUUGGUGUUUUUUGCGCGCGCCUUUGGUGACCAAAAGAGCAACCUCCCGGAGCUUAACCCCAAGAAGGCGUUUGAAUUCACCAACAGACGUCGAGUUUCCGAAUUCUUCCCCCGAAGUGCUGCACUGCUGGCCGAGGGAAGGUCUCGUUUUGGGAACAAACUCUAUAAGGCGUACUGUGAUUGGGGAGAGGUUAUCGUACUGUCGCCUCAGCACAUCGAAGAGCUUCGAAGUGAUGCGCGACUGUCAUUCCUUGUUCCGGCAAAUGAUGUAUACCCUAUCUUCUCAGCGAUGCUCGUCAUUGAUACAGUAGCUCACAUGGACUCGCAGGAUACCCAUGGGUAUAUCCCCGGCUUCGACGCUUUUUCGCUGGAUGAUAAGUUGGCCAAAAUAGUCACGAAGUAUUUGACCAAGGCUCUGACUAAGCUUACGGCCCCAAUUUCUCAAGAAGCAACGUUUGCAAUGCGGGCAGUGUUGACAGACUCCCCAGAAUGGCACGUCAUGAGCCCCAAGGAAGACCUCGUUCGUGUUGUGUCCCAGAUGUCUACAAGGAUCUUCAUGGGCGAGGAGCUCUGUAGAAAUGAGGAAUGGACAAAAGCAUCCGGUGACUACACCAUCACUGCCUUCAAAGCUACCGAUGAAGUCAGAGCUUGGCCCCGACUCCUUAGGCCCAUCGUUCACUGGGCCAUGCCUGUUUGCCAGGAUCUUCGGCAGCAGCUGGUCAAGGCCAAUAAUGCCCUCGAGCCCCAUAUCAAGAAGCGCAAUGCCAUCAAAGCUGCUGCUCUGGCCAAAGGACAGCCGAGCCCAUUCGAUGAUCUGGUCGAGUGGUGGGAAACAGAGUACGGUCCAUCGAAUGAGCAUGCUAGGCACCAACUCACUCUAACCGUCGUUGCAAUUCACACAACCUCUGAUCUUCUUCAACAAACGAUGAUUGACGUAGCCAUGAAUCCCGAAAUAUUGGCCCCCCUCCGAGAAGAGGUCAUCACUGUCUUGGGAUCUCAAGGGUUGAAGAAGACGGCGUUGUACAACCUGAAGUUGAUGGACAGUGUCAUCAAGGAGUCUCAACGUAUGAAGCCGGCGCUACUAGGACUCUGGAGUCGACAAGCACUCGCUGACGUUGAGCUUUCGGACGGCUACGUAAUCAAGAAGGGCCAGAGAGUCCUUGGAGAAGGUACUCACAUGUGGAAUUCUGAGUAUUGGAAGGAUGCCGACAAGUUUGAUGGCUAUCGAUUCUUGAGGCUGCGGGAGGCGGCAGAGGGUGAAAGGGACGAAGACAGCAAGACGGCCCAUCUCGUGAGCACAAGUUCAAGACAUCUUGGAUUCGGGCAUGGGAUCCAUGCCUGUCCCGGCCGUUUCUUUGCCGCCAACGAGAUCAAGAUUGCCUUGUGCCAUAUCCUGCUCAAGUACGACUGGAAGCUUCCCGACGGCUUCCAGCCGAAGGCCACCACCUUCGGCAUGUCAAUUAUUCCCGAUCCGGCCACCAAGUUUCUCAUCAGGCGACGGAAGGAGGAACUCGAUCUGGACUCGCUUGAGUGUUAG